CUUGCUGUGGCCAUAUGUAAAUGUAGGUAUGAAGUAACGACAACUUGACUUUGUCCUCUUUACUUUGGCGGAUGUGCUUGGCGGUGUCGGACGCAUGCACCUCGUGCUGCAAGACAAGGGAUCUACAGAAUGGCAGAUUAUAAGGAAGUGAGGUCCCUGCGGCUGAGGUACCGGAGCCUUGUGAUCGGGGUGGUGGCAGCCGGAGUCGUGCUGGCCAUAGUGAUCGGCCUCGCCGUUGGCUUGACAAUACAGCGAUGCAGCGAGUCAAAAGAUGAACUCGUGAAGGUUGGUUUAUUGUUUCGGACCGACAUCGACUCCGCUGAGGGCAUGAAGGAAGCGGCGAUGUUGGCCGUGGAUGACAUCCGUGCCCAUCGGGAGAAGGUGCCGUCAGCUGCGGACAUCCAGGUCCACAGCGGGGACUACGAUGGAUCUCCAGAUGGAGCCCUGCAAGCUUUCCGCGACCUGUACAGCCGACAGGGUGUGCGUCUGUUCGUGGGUCCCGACACCAGCAACCAUGCGGUCCAAGUGGCGGAGUGGGCGAUGGAAAACGCACCAGAUGCGGUCUUCAUUUCUCCACGAGCAACAUCUGAACGCCUGGCCAACGCCACAAAUACCAUACGUCUCAGCAUGGGCGACCAAGCUCUUGCCCUGGCCUUGUACCUGAAGCUAAAAAGCGACAACGUCUCCGUCGUCAUCCCGGUACACGUCGAAGACAUCUACGCUACGGACCUGGUGCAGAGGAUUCGCGACCUGACGGACGACAUGAUGGACCACAUUACCGUCGGUACCAGCAUCAGCUACGCCCCGGGAACAAUCAACAACAAGGAAGAGGCGCGGAGGACGACUGACCGACUCCGCGACGCCUUGAAUGACAACCCAGGCGCAGUCGUGCUGCUCGCGUCGUAUUCUGAAGCAAGGUACAUCCUAGAAGCAGCCAAUGGUGACAGCACUCUGUUGAGGCGCAUGUGGUACACCGGGGACUCCCUGGCUCUCCGAGAGGACAUCCUGAGCUCUGAUGACGCAAAGCUUGCUGCGCAAACGGUAAGCCUGUACGGACUGUCCUUUGCAGGGGAGGGGCUUCACAGCAAACGAAGGAUGCGCAAGAUGCAGACCCUUGCCGACCGCCUGAAACGCUCGCCUCCCGUGUAUGCCCCGCUGGCCUACGAUGCAGUCAACCUGUUCUACGACACGUGUCAGAUCAUGCGCACCACCGAUGCCCCGACGGUUCUUGCACACCUUACCCGCGAGGCGGAAUGGCAGAACGGACUGUCCGGCAGGCUGGCAAUCGACUCCACAAGGAGCCGAGCAUUCGGAGAUUACCUGCAUUCGUUCGUCUCUCCACAUAUUCCAGAUACCAGUAAGGUCACGGUCGCCAUGACAGGGUCCUGGAUUCUGGACGGACUGUCGAAGGUAUCUCCCAUGGACGAUGAGUCUGGUCAGCAGGGCGGCGGGAGACGUAGGAGGGACGUACCUUCCUCUGACAUGAUGUCCAUGUCUGCUGUUAUGUCCACUGCCAUGUCGUCUGCCUCCAUCUUCAACAAGUCUGAUGUCAUGGCACUGAAGAUACUGGCUGGAGAUGACUGUCACAACUCGAUGUUUUCCAUCACCGCUACGGAUCCUGCAACCUACAUGCAGGUGGAACAUGACUUCACGGAAGACACGUUUCCGGAGAUGUUCAUAGUGUCGACUAACUACGGCUACAACCUGCAGAUGAACUGUGACAAGCCGGAAGGUUCGGUGACGCUGAACGUGCUCUGCCCGCCAAGUAUCAAUCCAAGUGACAGCAUGGAAUGCGUGCAGACUGUCAGCUAUCCUGUUUCCGAUCAGGGUGGCCGCCGCCGCCUACUGUUGUCCCAGGCUACUACAGGUGCUAUUGUAGGAUGUGGUGGCGUCAUAGCUGGGUGUGGUGUUUGCAUCGGAAUCCUGUCAUUUUUCACAUUCGGUAUCAGUGCAGCUGCAUGUGUUGGGCCUUGUGCAGUCGGUAUUGGAGGAACCUGUAGCACUGCUGCUGGACUGGGUAUUCAUGAAGCUGCCAGUAUCAUCUGCACUGAACUUUUUGCCCAAGGUCAGCUGGAUGCCCAGACCUACCUGGCUGACGCCGCCUUUGGUCGCCAGCUGGCUGCAGAGUUCCCACACGUGAUGGAGGGGUACCACACCCUGGCCAACCCCAUCGUUUGGCUGAUGCAGCGGUCCGACACUGCUACAUCCAUUGUCAAGACCUUCGCCCUCCCUUGGGCCCGACACAUGAGCUACCUACAGGACAUGGUGGAUGAAGGGGACCAGUUUGGGGCCGUUGUCAUGGAGAUAGGGAUGGUCCUGAGCGGUGCGGUGGGGAGGGUCAUGUGGGCAGCCAGGGCUGUCAUGGCACUGGGAAAUGUCAUCCUUAUCCCUGUCCUUAUUGCCAUGGUUACCAUUGUGGCAUGCCUCGCUAUGGGCAAGAACAAAGCUUGAGAUGAUUAGAGAACCUUGGGGUGUGUUCAGGUAAACCCAGAAUCAAGAAUUAGUUUUGUGUUUUGUAUCAGUCUCUCUAAUGUGGUAUCUGAUUUACCCUGCUUUAUAAAUGCUAUCAUCAUAUAUUCAGAUAAUCUUCAUAGAUACAGUUUUAUACAAUGUUUUUUUUUUUGGUAAAAGAGUUAACUUUUGAAAGCUUUUGGUAUCAGUCUGUAAGGACAAUUUAACCUGGGAAUGUUUUGGUUAAUGUUGUUAAAAGUGUAAAUCAUAGAUCUAGCUGUAAU